AAACCGAGACGGUUUCCCCAACCAUGCGGUCCUUGCCUCGUUCGAGUUAUAUUCUCCGAAUGGUUCUGUCGUCGUCGUCGCCACCCGCGACGAUCCUCCUCCCGCCUCACUAGUCAGCCAUGGCACCUCAAGACGCUGACGACGCUGCCAAUACCAUGGACUGCACCUGGCAGUAUGCCGAAGAGUUCCCUUCGUUCGACGACGAGCGCGCGUUCGGGUCUGCGCCACUGCAGUCGUCGUCAUCUCUGCUGUCGCCAUCGUUCACCAACCAAUACUUCAGCCACGACACGUUGGAAUGGGAAUUCUUCUACAUCCCGCCGGAAGUCCCACAGAUCUCGCAUGUCGGGAUGCCGGAAUCGCCGGCCGCGUUCGGUGGCCUGAGUCCACGGCUGUCAUACAACAUCGAGUCGCUGUCGCCGGGGUCCGGCGAUCCCACUUCAGAUCCCUCCCCGGUCGAGGCAAUGCCGUCCCCCUCGACUCGACCCUCUCCAGCGCCGGCACGUGCUCCGACGAGUCCGGCCGAACACCGGCUGAAGAAACGGUUCCCGCGGAUCAAGAACGGGUACAGCUGCGAAGACGCCCGCUGUACGAAGAAGUUCGACACGCAAGGGGCUGCCACCAAGCAUCAUCAGCGCACCCACACGCCGGAGUCGUCCAGGCCCCACAAGUGCCCGCACUGUCCCCGCCGGUUCCUCUGGGACAAGGACAUCAAGCGGCACAUCGGCCAGAUGCACGCCGCCCACCAGAACGCGGUCGCGCUGCGGUCGCCCCACGCGCGCCGUCCCUCCUUCGACCUGGAGAUGCUCUUCGGCCCGAACGGCCCCCGCUUCACCGCCGACGCCAUGUUCGCCGCCCUGCGCGCCGCCAUCCAGAUGAAGCGCGUGGCGGUCCGCAUCCGGGCGCGCCGCCGGUCCCAGGGCGAGCCCGGCCAGAGGUACAUCAUGGUGACCCGCGACCACGUCGACUUCCGGGCCAUCGACAUCUCCGGCUCGAGGACCCCGACCGCCCUGCUGGAGAAGAUCCGCGGGUGCCUGAAGUUCCCGCCGCCGCCCGGCUUCACCCUGUCGUCGUACUCCCUCGGCGACGGCAUCGUCGGACCCCGCAUGAGCCCGGACCAGCUCUUCGCCACCAUCACCAACGCCCCGGGCGGGCCGGGACCGCUGCUCUUUUUCCUGCGGUCGUGACCUCGCGCCCCGAGGGAUGGGAUAGCCGCGCCAGGACCGUUGAUCCCGACCGUUUCCCCUCGUCCCUCUUGAUCUCCUCCCACCUCGCGGAGGAUCAUUUCCCUUUCGUUCUUUCUUUCUCUCUUCUCUCCCGUUUCGGGGACGACGGUUCCCCGACGGGACGAUUCCCCUGGGCUUGUAUCGGUUGCAUCGGGCAGGAGUUGAGGGGUUUUUCUCUUAUCGCGUUACGAUGGAAAUGAGACACCCGUGGGUGGACGGUGGGCAUGAUGCUACGACGUCAUGGCUUUUACUGCUUCUGGCACUUCGUUCGUAGCAGCGGUACAUUAUACAUAGCAUGAAUGGCAUGGGGAUUUACUCGAGAACCCGGCCCCUUCCUCCUUGACGCUACAUACGCGAUGAUUGAAGAUUGUCUGUGUGAUUUCCAGCUCCGUCCUCGCGCCGGCGGAUCGAUGCCUCAACCCGCCUGCGUUGUCCAGGUCAUGAACUCUGCGUAGUCCCGUGGAUU